AACAAUAUGUCAACAUUUUUCGCGAUAUUUUACACAUGUUUUCCAAUUUUAAGUCAUAUAAUUCAUUUUGUUUUACCAAAUGAAUUAAGUGAAACAGCACGACGUCUUAUUAAUGGAAUAACAGCUGUGGAUUAUCAAUUUCCUUACCAGGCCGGCUUUGUAAGAGUAAAGGAUGAUAUGGACAAAUUCUAUUGUGGUUGUACCAUUUUCAACAUUAGCUUCGUAAUAACUGCUGCCCAUUGUUUUCUUGGACCCAAUGAAACUAUAGACGUUAUAGCUGGAAAUUCUAAUCUUGGAUCAGAAGAAACGCAAAGAUUUCGAGUUAUAAAUUGGUAUAACCACCAAGAUUAUAAUCGGGAUAAAAUAAAAGAUAAUGAUAUUGCUUUGGUGGAGAUUAGUGGAAAGUUUUGGAAUCAAGAACCAACUAAAGGAUUAUCUACAAUUGAUAUAAUUGAUCACGAGAUUGAAAUGGGAACUCCAUGUAUUACUUCCGGCUGGGGAAAACUACAUUCAUCUCGGACAAAAGCACAUCCAUAUUUACAAUAUACGACCCAAAUUUGUGUGGAUAUUAAACAAUGUCCAACAAUAAGAAAUGAAAAUCGUGUAGCUGAAGGUGUAUUAUGUUUAAAAUCAAAAAUAUCAACAAUGUGUCACGGAGAUUCAGGUGGACCAGCUGUGUAUAAUCAUAAAUUAGUUGGUGUAUUAUCAUGGGGUCGUGGAAAUUGUGAAAAUUUUGAUUAUGGCAAUGUAAAAGACACUCACACUGACACAAAAUUUCAAAGCUUUGGUUACAAGCCGCAAAGAUUUUUGCAUCGGUAUGGCGGCUUUUUAGACCCUUGA